AUGAAUCUGCAUAGAAUAGUGUAUAUUACUGACACCGCUUGUAUUGAGAAUACAAGGAUGGAUAGGAGAAGCUUUCAUAGUUUGUGUGAUAUGAUGAAAACUAUUGGGAUGCUUCAAACGACGAGCCACAUGGGGGUAGAAGAGCAGGUUGCAAUCUUCCUUCAUAUUUUGGCUCAUGAUGUGAAGAAUCGAGUUACUAAAAGACAGUUUAUGAGGUCAGGUGAGACAAUAAGUAGACAAUUCAACAAGGUGUUGCUGUCUGUUUUAAGGUGUCACACCGUACUGCUUAAACGGCCUGAUCCCAUCCUACAAAACUCAACUGAUGAUAGAUGGAAGUGGUUCAAGAAUUGCCUUGGAGAUUUGGACGGGACGCACAUCAAGGUUAAUCCCUUACAAGCUGAUAAGGCAAGAUACUGCAGUAGGAAGGGUGAAAUUGCGACAAACGUUUUGGGUGUCUGCUCGCAGGAUUGCCAAUUUAUUUAUGUGUUGCCUGGAUGGGAAGGAUCAGCUGCGGAUUCAAAGGUCCUCAGAGACGCUAUCUCUCGUGGAAAUGGGUUAAGGGUCCCAAAAGGUAACUACAGAACAUCACACACAUUCUUCGCAGAGAGGCAUAUCAUUUAUACUACAGUCCCACAGUGUUCCUCACAAAUAACUGCUGUUGUCGUAGGUUUCUAUUAUUUGGCCGAUGCCGGUUAUAUGAAUGGGGAAGGAUUCCUAACACCUUAUAGAGGGCAAAGAUACCAUCUGAGUGAGUGGAGACAUGGGGCACAACCAACGACACCGCAAGAAUUUUUUAACAUGAAACACUCCCAGGCUAGGAAUGUGAUUGAAAGAUGCUUUGGGUUGUUGAAGGGUCGUUGGGCCAUUGUCAGGUCAAAGUCUUUUUAUCCGGUGAAAACGCAGUGCCGCAUAAUCACUGCUUGCUGCCUGCUUCAUAAUCAUAUUAGGAAUGAGAUGCCUAUUGACCCUUUAGAGGAUAAUACUGUGGACAUGGCUGAAGCUGCAGACAACUUCGAAGGACAGAACUUGAUAACUCAUGUUGAGUCAUCAAAUGCUUGGACAAGGUGGAGGGAUGAUUUGGCCCAACAGAUGUUUGAUACAUGGAGGAAUGGUGUUUGA